AUGGCCUCCCCAACGUCGGGCAUCGUGGACAUCCACACGCACAUGUACCCUCCCAGCUAUGUAGAGAUCAUGGAGAGCCGGACCACGAUCCCCAUCGUGCGCAAGUUCCCGCAGGCCUCAGACCCUCGUCUCAUCCUGCUCGAGGAAGAGGUCAAGUCCCUCGAGGAUGCCCUCAAAGACCCCCAGGCCAAGGUCCCAGGCCGCCCCCUCACAACCCACUACAGCUCCGUGCAGCAAAAGAUCCAUUUCAUGGACACGCACGGCAUCCAGAAGUCUGUCGUCUCGCUCGCGAACCCCUGGCUGGACUUCCUCGACGCCUCCGAGUCCCCCGCCAUCGCGAAAAAGAUCAACGAGGAGUUCUCCGACCUGUGCGGCCAGUACCCCCGCCGGCUAUUCUUCUUCGCCGCCCUGCCCCUCACGGCGAGCCUCGAGGACAUCCUGGCUUCCAUCAAGCACGUGCGCGACCUCAAGUACUGCCGGGGCGUCAUCCUGGGCACGUCGGGCCUGGGCAAGGGCCUCGACGACCCUCGCUUGCUCCCCGUCUACAAGGCGCUGGCAGACUCAAAACUACCCAUCUUCCUGCACCCGCACUACGGCCUGCCAAGCGAGGUCUGGGGGGACCGCGCGGGCGAGUACGGCCACGUGCUGCCCCUGGCGCUGGGCUUCCCGAUGGAGACGACCAUCGCCGUCACGCGCAUGUUCCUGGCGGGCGUGUUCGACGAGGUGAGGGAGCUGCAGAUCAUCCUGGCCCACAGCGGCGGCACGCUGCCCUUCCUCGCGGGGCGGAUCGAGAGCUGCGUCGUGCAUGACGGGCAGCUGCUGCGGGAGGGCAAGCUGGCCAAGUCGCGGCGGACGGUGUGGGAUGUGCUCAAGGAGCAGAUCUACCUCGACGCGGUGGUGUACUCGCCCACGUCGCUGAAGCUGGCGGCCGAGUCCAGCGGGGCGGAUCGGGUCAUGUUUGGGACUGACCACCCGUUCUUCCCGCCGCUGGAGACGGACGAGCAGGGCGAGUGGGAGAGUGUGACGUGGAAUACGGCGGCCAUUAGGAAGGCCACGGAGGGGAAGUCGGCAGAGACCGAGGCCAUUUUGGGAGGGAAUGCUACCAGAGUGCUGCGGUUAGACGAGGAGUUCUAG